GCACUCCUGCAAACCAGCAGUCGUAGUGACAACAAAAAUGGCGUGCUCCACUGGCCGGUUCACAACACGCCUGCUCGGAGCCUCGGUUCCUGCCGGUCCUUUCGGCGGCCGCCUCCUCCUCGUUGCUCCGUGCAGACAUGGAGGAGUUCUCCGAGCGGCCGUCCGCCAGCCUCACCGGGGAGGGACAGCGGCCGGCCUGAGCUCCUGGGCUCCCCGUAACGUGCUGACAUUGAGGGCACCGUCAGGUGAGAGGAGUUAUCCAACGGGAAGCACACGGGCGACAUGUCUGCAUGGCAGCAGCUGUAACUCUUUCCACUCCAGCUGCCAACUCCCAAACAAGCAGGACUUCUACGAGAUCCUGGGUGUCGCCCGCACCGCUUCGCAGAAAGAAAUAAAGAAGGCUUACUAUCAGUUGGCAAAAAAGUACCAUCCAGACACAAACCCAGAUGAUCCGGAGGCAAAAGAGAAGUUUGCCAAGCUGGCUGAAGCCUACGAGGUGCUGAGUGACGAGGUGAAGAGAAAGCAGUACGAUACGUACGGAGCUGCAGGCUUUGACCCCAGCCGAACUGGGCCGGGCAGUCAGCAGUACUACAGGGCAGGGGGGGCCACCAUAGACCCCGAGGAGCUCUUCAGGAAGAUUUUCGGGGAGUUUGCUGGGGGCAUGGGCUUUGGAGACAUCAACAACAUGUUUGACCAAAGGCCUGAGUAUGUGAUGGAGCUCACCUUUUCGGAGGCAGCGAAGGGUGCAAGUAAGCAGCUGAGUGUGAACCUCGACGAGAACUGUCCCAGAUGUGCUGGGAGGGGCAACGAGCCGGGCACCCGGGUGUCUCAGUGUCACUACUGCAACGGAACCGGAAUGGAGUCGAUCAGCACCGGUCCUUUCAUGAUGCGCAGCACGUGUCGGCGGUGCGGUGGGAAAGGCAGCAUCAUAAACACACCCUGCGCUCUGUGUCGAGGAUCGGGCCAAACCAAAAAGAAACAGACCGUGACGGUGCCGGUGCCUGCAGGUGUGGAAAAUGGUCAGACAGUCCGUAUGGCAGUUGGGACAAAAGAAAUCCUUAUAACAUUUAGGGUCCAGAAAAGCCCGGUAUUUAGACGGAAUGGAACCGACAUCCACUCAGACGCUUUCAUCUCUAUAGCCCAGGCCAUCCUUGGAGGCACAGCCACAACACAGGGCCUGUAUGAUACCAUCAGUAUAGUGAUCCCUUCAGGGUGUCAGGCCGAUCAGGUGAUCCGGUUACAGGGGAAAGGCAUUCGGAGGAUGAACAGCUACGGUUAUGGAGAUCAUUAUGUUCAUAUCAAGAUUAAAGUGCCUAUGAAGUUGACCCGAAGGCAGCGUUCUCUGUUGCUCAGCUAUGCAGAGGAGGAGACGGACGUUCAGGGGUCUGUCAACGGUGUCAACCCUUCAGCAGGAGGGGGCAGCAGCACCUCAAGCUCCAGCACAAAGUCGACUUCAUCUGAGGAGGAGACGCAGGAAAAACAGAAGGAGGAAGGAGGUUUCUUUUCCAGACUAAAGAAAAUGUUUAGCUAACACUCAAUGCCAGCAAUAGAAGAAAGGAAAUCUACAUCUGUCGACUGGACCUCCAUGUCACCUUCUGGGAGAAUUAUGCAAAGGAAGAGCUAGCCAUUGUGGCUUUUGUUGUUGAGGAUCCACAUACUGUUAUAUUUAAUGUAGAGGUUUAUUCACACAACCAUUCACCCAUCACUACAGACUGAAGGUCGCUGAGGAACUCCAGGUCUGCUCAAAGAAACUGUUGUGCUAUGAGUUUUCUCUAUGAAGCAGUUGGAUAUUUGGAUAUAGUCUAUUACAACCAUCUAAAUCUCAGCAAGCAAAGGCAAUAACAACUGAUGGAAUCUGGAAUAAGAAUAAACCAUAUAUGUGGGAAGCAUAUUAAAACCUGACCUUUUCAUUUAUUUCUGUGGCAAGUUUUAUGUUCUAAGGUAGCCAUGAUUAGAUACAAUUAAAUUAUUAAGUACAAAACAUCUAUAUUUAGGUCUGAAGCAACAUUCAAUCCACAGAAGGCUUUUACAUGUAUAGAAAAUGUUAAAAAUGUGGAGGUUUGAUAAAUAUGUGGCAGAAGACUGUUUUAUAUGCAAAGUACAACCCUCGACUGGUCAGAGCGUCUUUUCUUGUCUUUGUGUCAAAUCUCGUCACUUUUCCACAAAAGCCAGAUUUGUGGACUGCUUUUAAUAAAAGUUGUUCGUUCCAACAGAUUCUUCUGUCUGAGCUGCUAA